AUGUCUGCGCAAAAAAAUUAGUAGGGAUAUUCUAAAAGCAAGAAGGCUUCAAUAACGAAAGAUUAGAACGACAGCGGUUUUUUGAUUGUGAGUCCUAUGAAGGAACUGUCACCGAUAAAGGAGAAAAUAAGCGAAGAAUAAAAGUGUAUAGAAGUAGUUGAAUUCGGAUGGCAAAGACACAAAUUAGGAGGGGAAAUACGAUAUUUAGAGCAAUUUUACAUUGAAAAUCCAAAUUUAUAAAAAUCUGAUAUCUAGCGCCUAGAUUUAGAUAGUUGUCUAGAUGAAUAAGGGAAGCCUGUGUAUCGCAAGACAACUUAAGCGUUGAUGUAAAACAUGGCUUUAAAAAUCUAAUCUCGAAUAUCGAUGGCAGGAGAGUAAAUUUAUUCAUCGAUUCCAUUACAAUAGGCUUGUUUGAGUGACUAUCACUGUUUCAAAGGUGAUUAUGGUAAGGAUUGGAAGGGGCAUCAGGUGAUCAAGAGUAAAACGUUGAGUGGAACAAAAAGAGGUUAGACCUCAAGCAAAAAAAUAAUAUAAUAAUGA